CGUCGGCCAGUGCGCGCGGGGCGCAUGCGCGGUGCUCAGUCGGUGCUGCUCUAUUCUGCUGGUGAGGCGCUGGAGGGACGGAACGGCGGGCGGGCGGCGGAGCCCCGGGGAAAGUAAUCCAUCGUGCUUACUCUUCACUGAACAGACCUCAUUGUGUGUGUUCUAUGGUGGGAUCCUUGAAAUGGGAUGUCCUUCCUUUCCGGGGGCCAUAAAGGAAGAGAUUGCGCUGCAGAGUUGCUGUGAAGGGAAAUAACCCAGAGACAGGCAAUCAUGUCUGCUGCCGCUGCCACCACCCAGGCUCCUCAGGGGCCAGCAAAUCCUCCCCCUCCAGAGUUCACAAACACCAACAAACCAGGUCGUAAGACCAAUCAGCUCCAGUACAUGCAGAAUGUGGUGGUGAAGACCCUUUGGAAGCACCAGUUUGCCUGGCCUUUUUACCAGCCGGUAGACUGCAUCAAGCUCAGCCUACCUGACUAUCACAAAAUAAUCAAGGUUCCAAUGGAUAUGGGGACAAUAAAAAAGAGACUUGAAAAUAACUAUUAUUGGAGUGCAAAUGAAUGCAUGCAGGACUUUAAUACCAUGUUUACAAACUGUUACAUCUACAACAAGUCCACAGAUGACAUUGUGUUAAUGGCCCAGGCCUUAGAGAAGAUAUUCCUGCAAAAAGUGGCGCAGAUGCCCCAAGAGGAGGUAGAAUUAUUGCCCCCAGCUCCAAAAGGCAAAGGGAAGAAGCCAACCCCACCAGCAGCACAACCGCCUGGUAAUGUCCUGGCAGAAACUAAAUCAUCGGGCCUUGUAAUCGAAGAACAAGAAAAACCAGUUGAGAAAAAACCUCCAUCUCCUAAACCAGUCGUAGUGGAGCGCAGCUCUCCCAAACCAGUCGUAGUGGAGCGCAGUUCCGGAAGACGAGCUGAUCCACCCAUGGAAAGGCGACGGGAGCGUUACAAAGCUGCAGCGCAAGCCUCCUCCGUCUCCACCGUGAGCCCAACAGUUCAGCUUACAAAUAUUGCCCCUGUAGUUUCUCAGACUCCAGUGAUCGCUGCCACUCCUGUGCCAACUAUAACGGCUAAUGUCAACCCUUCGGCUACCACUACAGCACCACAGCCUCCUGCAGCCGCCCCAGUUCCAGUAGCAUCCGUAGUCCCGCCACCCGCUCCUGUUGUUAAGAAAAAAGGGGUAAAGAGGAAAGCAGACACCACCACUCCCACCACAUCUGCCAUAACUGCCAGCCGCAGUGAGUCGCCUGUCCCCUUGUCCGAUCCCAAGCAAGCAAAAGUUGCCAACAGACGAGAGAGCACUGGGCGCCCAAUUAAGGCACCAAAGAAGGACUUGGAGGAUGGAGAAAUUCUGCUGAAUGCUGCGAAGAAAAACAGAUUGACGGAGCACCUCAAAUACUGUGACAGUAUCCUGAAAGAGAUGCUGUCCAAGAAACACGCCGCAUAUGCCUGGCCCUUCUACAAACCGGUUGAUGCGGAGGCCUUGGAGCUGCAUGACUAUCAUGAUAUCAUCAAACAUCCCAUGGAUCUCAGUAGUGUUAAGAAAAAAAUGGAUGCCCGGGAAUAUCAAGAUGCUCAGGCUUUUGCUGCCGAUAUACGGUUAAUGUUCUCAAACUGUUACAAGUAUAACCCACCUGACCAUGAGGUUGUCGCCAUGGCCAGGAAAUUGCAGGAUGUUUUUGAGAUGAGAUUUGCAAAGAUGCCAGAUGAACCUGUGGAGGCCCCUGCCCCACCUCCCGCCCCUGCUCCAGUGGUCAGUAAAAGCAUAGAAAGCAGUCACACUAGUGAGGAGAGCUCCUCUGAGACUGACAGCUCUGACUCUGAAGAAGAGCGAGCCACGCGGCUGGCCGAGCUCCAGGAGCAGGUGAGGACAACAUACUCUGUGAAAACUCUUCUGCAGCUGAAGGCUGUACAUGAGCAACUGGCUGCAUUGUCACAGGCACCGGUCAACAAACCAAAGAAAAAGAAAGAAAAGAAAGAGAAAGAGAGAGAGAAAGAGAAGAAGAAAAAGGAUAAAGACAAAGAAAAGGAAAAAGAGAAAGAGAAGCACAAGGUGAAGACGGAGGAAGAGAAGAAAAUUAAACCAGCCCAGCCGGUCAAGCCUGUUCCACCUAAGAAAGCGCCCACAAAGAAAGCGAACAGCACGACGACCACCACCACUGCAUCUACUACAGUGGCCCCUGCUCCCAAUAGCAAGCAACCGAAGAAAGGAGGAAAGCAGCCUCCGUCCGCCAACUACGACUCAGACGAGGAGGAAGAGGGUCUACCCAUGACCUACGACGAAAAGAGACAACUCAGUUUAGACAUCAAUCGGCUCCCGGGUGAAAAGUUGGGACGAGUCGUCCAUAUCAUACAGUCCCGGGAACCAUCCCUAAGAGACUCCAAUCCUGACGAGAUAGAAAUCGACUUUGAGACUCUGAAACCCACCACACUGAGAGAGCUCGAGAGAUACGUCAAAUCUUGUUUACAAAAAAAACAGCGAAAACCUUUCUCAGCCUCGGGGAAGAAGCAAGCGGUAAAGUCCAAGGAAGAGUUGGCUCAGGAAAAGAAAAAGCAGUUGGAGAAGAGACUCCAGGAUGUGAGCGGCCAAUUAAAUAACAAGAAACCCACGAAAAAAGAGAAGUCUGGUUCAGGAGCAGCUGGAGGUCCAUCCCGGCUCAGCAGCAGUAGCAGCUCCUCAGAAUCCGGAAGCAGCAGCUCCAGCGGGUCCAGCUCUGACAGCAGUGACUCGGAAUAAAACUUUAACAAUGGAAAUCAAAACUGAUCACACAAUCUUGUCCUUCUCCCCAGUGUCUUCGUCUGAGGUUCAAGGCUUAUGUGUGCUGUUUUAAAAAAAUAAUAAAAGGAAAAAAAAACAACAAAAAAAACAAAAAGAAGGAAAAAACUACAGACUAAUUUUAUUUUUUAAAAAAAGCAAAAAAAAAAAUAGAUUCUCCAGUUUGGCAAACAGGCAUCAGCAAUAACCAGCGAGCAGAGGGCCCUGUUGCUUUAAUUGGAUUUUAUGAAAAUUUUACUUUAUAUAAUUAAAGAGAUUUUAAACUGGUUUUAAUGCCUCUUCUCCCUGUUUGGUCUAAAUUGUGUUUCUCAGAACUUAACACAAACUGAACUGACUACCACCGAAUUGAAUACGCCCCUCAACUUUGGAAACAAAUUGCUAUGUAACUUCUCACAUGGUACUUUCUCUGUCAGACUGUCUGCCUUGUAUUUAAAUAGGUGUGUGUGUAACCUUUCUGUAGUUCCUAGAUAUACUAAACCUACGUUUACAGCUUCAGCAUUGCGCCUAUAUUUUUUUUCAAAUGGGGCAAAAUGUGCACACGUAGCUGAUAUUACGGGAAGUAACCUUAUCUGGUGGGGGUUAACUAUUUUUUUUUUUUUUUUUUAUAUAUAUAUAUAUUUUAAUUUUUCCCUAUUUUUUAAUUUUUUAAAGCUUUCUGUUUACCUCAAGAAAAAAAGUAUAUCAAGUAAAUUCAUAUUUUGUAAGAAAUUCAACAUUUUCAUGAUACUUCGUACAAUGACCCCUCAGCUACACAUUCCACUAGCCUUUCUUUUUGCUUUAAUGUACAUAUUGCAUAUGUUAUUUAUUAACCAUUUGACUUUUGCAAAAGCAUUUUUAAACUGCACAGUGGAAUAUGGGACAAAACCUGUAGUAGAAAAAUUGUAAUAUAGCAAGCAAUGCUUACACAUUUACUGUUUAGUGACUAGAGUGCAGUUUGUGCUCCUCAAGCUUCAUGUGGAGAAUUUAUUUUGGAAAUUUGACAAUCCUUCUCUCUUUUUUUUUUUUUUUUUUUUUUUUUUUUUUUUUUGCUUACAUCCAGCACUCACUAUAGCUUAUUCCUGUCUAUAUCAUCUUUAUUACGGUUUAUGGCAACAGGUGCCAUUUUUUGGAGGAUAUUGUACAUUUUUUUUGUGUACCGAUCUUUUCCUCUAGCAUACGUCACUGCAUGUGAAUACCCUUGGCACUGGUGCAAUCAGAAAAAAAAAAAAAACAUUGGUUUUGUUUUUAAAUGUGCAGAGAAAUUCAGGCCUUAUUUUAUUUGUCUCCCCUCUCCACCUCCUCCCUCCUAAAACAUACCCUCCCACCCUUUCUUUUCCCCAUUUAGCUAUACUAUACUACUUACACCUAUAUGCAUGAUUUCCCUAAACAAGAAACUGGGACAACAACUUUGAAAUCCUCCCUGUAAUUAAGAGUGUAUAGCAUUUGUAUCUCCACUAUGUUAAUCUACAGUACAUGUAUAUUAGCAGCUAUUGAGUUUCUUUUUUUUUUUUUAUGCUACCAAAUGGCAGCUACAAGAAUUUUAGCAUAGCACCCCUAUUGAAACAUUUUAAAGGGUUUGUGGUGGGGUGGGGGAGCUAGUUGUCUAUUUUUUAUUGUGAAAUGUGUACCUUUUUUCUUCUGUAUUUCAAUAUAAGGUUAUUUUGUUUUAUCUAGUCUUAAUAUGCCAGACUUCUAAUAAAUUGUUUUUUUAAUUAGAAUCUUUGUUAACUCUUCCAAAUAUGUAGUCAUGAAUUGGCAAAUGCAAACUAAUUUUCCAGACAGGGUUACAUUUGGUUUUAUAUUUUAUUGUUUUUGUACAUUGCAAGCGCUGUACUUUGUCCUAAGGAUGAGAAUAUUCUAACUUAUUGUACUGGGUGAAGAUUUUGGGGAAAGGGUAUUUUUAUUACAUGUUUUCAAUAAUGUUAAAGGUGUGUGCAUUUGUAUUUCCUCACCCACAAAAAUAGGCCAUAAACACAUAGACAUUGUUUAAUCGAAGGAUUUAAAUGCUAAAGAGUGUUGGUUUCAGGAAGCACAUUCAAAACAUCUAACUAAUUUCAACCAGCUUCUUAAAGUGCAACAGGCUAGUUGCGCUAUGCUAUUGUGUUUAGGAUAAUAGAAUCCUUGGCUAGUGUACAAAGCAAGUGAAUCAAAGUAAAUGUAGCUGUAGACAUGAGAUGAGGAGGUGAUCUUGCAUCUGUGGAUAGUCCCUAAGCUGGCUGGCCACCUGCGCUUAUGGAUCAGUAUGUGACAAGUUAGAAAUUCAUCACUUUUUAUUCUCUCUGAUAAGCCAGCACCAGCUGCUGUUUCUUUUCCAUCUUUAUAGAUGCUGAUUGUAAGCAACUCUAAGUUGACCUUACAAGUUAAUAGAGGGGCUUGGCCAUCGUGUGCCCCUAGGACAAUCUGAUUAUGCGUGUGAGCAUUGGGGAAGAAAACUGGAGGAAUUUCUGGUUAGAUUUUCUUUCCAUAUCAGUGGUUGGUGGUGUUUUUGCAUCAGUAAAGCAUAUUUAAACAU